GAGACGGCGCACUCUAUUCAAGUACUGAUACAUCCUCCGUCCCAUUUCAUAGCCCGGUCCAACUUAAAAAUCAGAAGCAUCAUACCAAAGACCUAAUUCUCUUUAUUCCUGAGCUCAGCUAUGAUUCUAGACAAUACUCUCGCUGUAGUCUUCGGAAUUGCAUCAAUAACCAUACCUACUAUCACAGCUAUUAUUUUGAGGAACCGUUCCUCAGCACACAACCCAUCAGGAGACCUCGAGCAAUACGCACACCAAGCCCCCCGCGGAUAUAUGAUGAUGGAGGAAAUCCAUUCAGUACGUCGCUGGCAUGCGCAACGAUAAGAAAACAGACGGACAAGACGAAGGAGGAAGACAAGGAGGGGAAGAAGCCCACAGACGGCAUAUACAUUUUUGGUUUGGAGUUGGUAUAUAUAAGCGGCGUAAGGAUAUGGGUAGAAUCGCGAUAACUUAAUUAUGCGUUUGAUACUAUAAAUUACUGCAUAUUUAGUGUAUAAAGCGUUCAAUUCGUUCGUUGUCUGAUAGAGAAUGAAGUAGUGAGAUCCAAAUAUUAUCACGUGACCAUAUCUGGACAAUGACCUCUGAAUUGAUGUUCGACAAGCACACCUGACUUGUGCGUUGACAUGACUUAAUUCUUACGAGUUCAUAAUUCACGGCGAUUUCGACCAUUUCAGGCAUACCAAUGUUUGAGGUACGCUUGAACUUUGUUGCACUGCCUCGCUGACCGGUCUGGAUUCCAAGCAGUCGCGCAUCUUUUGCGUCUGUCCAAUUUCGUGCAUUUGAGCAUGGACAAAACGUCGAAAACAGAGAUAAGCAAGUCGCCAGAUUUGCAAGAAUGAUAUGGCUCUUCGCGCAUUAAUUUCUAAUGGUCUUCAACAAAAUCCCGAUCGAGUUGAUUAAUGCCGCAUUCAAGCUCCAGGUAUAGUUCGUGACGUUCCCAGAGACCAUCUUUGCGGACUAUUGUCUUGUCGCGAAGAAAUUGUUGUCAUGUCA